AACAUAUACUAGAUUUAAUGAAGAAAGGGAUGCAUUACUUGAAAAGUCAAAAAUGUUUGGCAUUCCAAUGGGUAUAAGUAUGUGUGGUGGGUAUGGCUUUAUGGCAUUUGAGCAAUCUAGUCUUAGUGUAUCAGCAAAUGAACCCUUAGAUCCUCAAGAGGCUAAAUGGAUUUCAGACAUAAUGAGAGGUGGAUUGAUAUUGGCCAAAAAUGAAUGGAAAGGUUAUGGAGGUCAAUAUGACUUUACCAAUGUUGUUGACCAAGGAGAUGAUGAUGACAAUAUUGCGAAUGAAGAGCUUGAAGGAGUACUAGAGGCUAUUGGGAUGCGAGGUUCUCCCUGGGUACUUGUGCAAAAUUCUGCAUUAAUGGCACUUUUGAUUUCAAUCUGUUUAGCUUGUUCUGUUUGGAUUCCUUACACCAUUGGAAAAACUUUUCUACUGGUAAAGAAUGAUUUUUGA